AUGGGUAACCGAUUCAGUCUAAUUAGUGGUCUUGAUCCGCAAUCGCCUGUUCCGGAUCACCGUGGCGCCGAGAGCUUCGGGUCAUGGUGCAAAGAGCUGCGUACGGGAAACGCAGCAGGCGCACACGAUCAAGGCACCCUUGAAAUUCGCAUCACUGAGCCGGACGUGAACAUUUUCAAGAAGAUCUAUCCUAACGACCAUCCUCAUGUCGCAGGUGACCGCCGCACAUUCAGUCGCGACGCCGCUGCGGCACUGAUGGAUCGCCUGCUGGAGUAUCUAGAGCCACCUACCGGAAAUCAUGAUCGUCACGACCAUCCCGAAAUGCCCGCCAUUAGUCGGAUUCUCUCAAAGCUGGCAAUCUUCACCAAUCGGUUCCCUUUAUACCUCGACGAUGUGAACGUGACGAAGCGCCCGAAGCAAGGAGGGUUUGCUGAUGUGUUCGAGGGCACGUGGAAAGGCAAGGCAGUCGCAGUGAAGAGGUUGCGAGCCUACUUAGAUCCUUCCAUCAACCGAGAGCGAUUGGCCAAGACUUUCAUGAACGAAUGUUUGACGUUAUUCUUCCUCAAGCACCAGAACAUUCUGCCUUUCUUCGGCUUGACGGAAUUCUUGGAUACCGACCCUAGUCUCAAUGCUCAGCGCAUUAAUGGCCUCAGCAACUCGCUGGAAGUUAUGCCUUGUCUUGUGACGCCAUGGAUGAACAAAGGCGGCCUGCAGGAGUACAUACAGAACAAAGUUUCUCGCGGCCGAUCCAAGCUCUCCCAAAGGGAGGUUAAACGGCUGCUAUGUGGAGUUGCGACAGGGCUAGCGUAUCUACAUUCGAAGAACGUCGUGCACGGUGACUUGCGAGGGGCCAACGUGCUCGUGGACGAGCACGACAACCCCAGGCUCGCCGAUUUCGGGCUUUCGCUGGUUCUGAAUCAUUUUGCGACGCCAACUUCCAGGACGCAGUCACAAAGUGCCAGAUGGCUUUCACCUGAGCUCAUUGAUGUCAAGGACGCUGACCCAGAGGAACCCAGCGCGAUUCCAUCUUGCAGCAAAGCAGGCGAUGUUUAUGCAUUCGCCUGUGUGUGCUAUGAGGUUCUCACGGGUCGGGUCCCCUUCUACCGCUUUCCUCGCGAGGCACAAGUCAUAUUGAAGGUUAUCCAGGGCGAACGCCCCAUCAAACCGACCGAGGCUGAACUUCAAAAGAGUUCAUGUAUGUUCAAUGCGGAGAUAUGGGCUAUUACAGAGCGGUGCUGGAAGCAGGAACUUGCUGAGCGACCAGAGAUGCGUGCCGUCCGGGACCACCUCAGUGAGGGUGGCAGGCGUCUCGAAGGCCUGGCGUAUUGA